AAAUUCUUUGCCUCAUCCUCUCUUGUUUCUUCAUCCAGCCUCUCUUGUUGCCCUAACUCCCCUUUCACAUGUUAACAAAGGUUUCUAGACCACCAUCACCAUUUUCAUUGCCUCUCUAAAUUUUCGUCUCCACACAACUCAAGUGACCCCUUCCAAGCAUAUACUAUGUAAAGGAAUUUCAUAAUUUCAAAUUUUGGAGGCCCCUCUUUGUGAAGGAAGAAAAAAAAGAGAAAAAGAAAAAAAAUCGCUUCGAAUUCGUGACUUAUUUUCUUUUUCUAUAAUCUUUAGACACAAACAAAUAUUCAAACAUUCAAAUACCUCGGCGGCCCUAUAUCGCUCAGUCUCCUCUGUCCCGCCAUCUCUCGUCCUCCUUGCGCAUCAUUCAUCGUGUAGUUACCUGACAGAAUUCGCGACGAAUGGCAGCCUUCUUCGACGACACGGUGUUGAAGUUCUUCAAGAAAGGCGCGCGCGUUGAGAUUAGCAGCGACGACGAGGGUUUCCGGGGGUCGUGGUACGAGGGCACCGUCGUCCGGCCACCGCGUGGCGGGAAAAGGGGCCCCGCGAAGGUGUUGGUGGAGUAUAAGACCUUGACGGAGGACGAGAAGGGGACGAGGCCGCUGAAGGAGGAGCUGGAGCUGGUCCAGCUGCGGCCACCGCCGCCCAGGGAGGCCGCCGGUCGGAUCUUCGGGUUCGGGGAGGAGGUGGACGCCUACUACAGCGACGGAUGGUGGGAGGGGACGAUCACGGAGGUGGUUGAGGAGGGGGCUGAAGGUAAGUACGCGGUGUUCUUCAGCGGGACCAGGGAGCAAAUCGUCUUUUCCGCCUCAGAUCUGAGGUUGCACCGCGAGUGGAACCACGGGAAGUGGGUCCCGCCUCUGGAGAACUCGGAGAUGGAGGAGGAGGUCAUGCCUGUGGGUGAUAAGAAGCCAGCUAAAGUGGAAUCCAAACACAAGGAGAUUGAACAUAGUUAUAGCCCUGGAGAUGUUGUUGAAGUCAGUAGCGAUGAAGAGGGUUUCGAGGGCGCUUGGUUUGUUGCCAAAAUUGUGAAAAAACUAAAGGAAAAGUAUCUUAUAGAAUAUCAAACCCUCAAGGAUGAUGACGGCUCAACUCUCCUGAGAGAAGAAGUCGAUGGCCUCCACAUAAGGCCGUGCCCGCCAGAUGUUGAAAUUGUGGAUCGUUUUGAAGUUGGUGAGGAAGUUGAUGCUUUCUACAACGACGGUUGGUGGACGGGGAUCAUUUCUAAGCUCCUAAUAAAAGAGAAGUAUUCUGUGUACUUCACUGCAAGUGAGGAGCUAAUAAAGUUUAACCACACUGAUUUGCGUGUACAUCAGAACUGGAUUAAUGGCAAGUGGGAGACAUCCAAGAAUCGGAAGUCAUAGCAAGGGAUCAGUGGCGCACCGCUUCCCAGAUCUUGUUUAUGAUUCUGCCUCCUGCUCGAAAUGCCCCUUGUACCAUACCAUACCAAAACUUGAGUGCACAUUUUCUAUGCAAAUUUUGAUAGACCUUUGAAAUCUUGAUGCCUUUGAUGAAUUUUAAGCUUAUGUGAUGAUUGAUGACUCGUGUUUGACUUACCUCUUUUUUUUUGUAUUGGUGAAUAUUAGUUCCAGUUUUUAUUUAGGGAUUUAGAUUUGGACUACUAGUAGUAUUAUUACCAGUUGAUGAUAUCCUAUAUGCUGCUAAUGAUUUGAGACUUUUGCACGAGAC